AUGUCGGACCACGAGUUAGGAGGAAAUGACGACCUGUCCCUCCCCAAAGCCACCGUUCAAAAGAUUGUUGGGGAGAUUCUGCCAUCGUCAACAGGCAUCGCCUUCGCCAAGGAGGCUCGCGACCUCCUUAUAGAGUGCUGUGUCGAGUUCAUCACUCUCAUCUCUAGCGAGGCAAACGAGAUUUCUGAGAAGGAAGCCAAAAAGACUAUCGCUUGUGACCACAUCACCAAGGCAUUGGAGCAACUCGGCUUUGCCGACUACGUCCCUGCCGUUUUGGAAGCCGCUGCAGAGCACAAGGAAGUCCAAAAGGGACGUGAGAAGAAGGCAAACAAGUUUGAGCAGAGCGGCAUGACAUUGGAGGAACUCGAACGUCUCCAGCAAGAGCAGUUUGCCGAUGCUGCCAAGAGACACAUAGGAUGA